UACAGUUGCCGUCUUUCAUUAUAUUUUCCCUUAAUUCAAUCAAAUUUUAACAGUUUUCUUCUCAUCAUGGAAGAAGCAAAUGUUUUGGAAGCCAAAGAUGGAACCAUUGCUGUUGCCUCUGCUUUUCCUGCUCAUCAAGAAGAAAUACAGGAUAAAGACCACAAAUUCAUAGAAGAAGCAAUUGAAGAAGCAUAUAAAGGGGUUGAAUGCAAAGACGGGUACCCAUUUGGUGCGGUGAUUGUCCGCAACGAUGAAGUCGUCGUCAGUUGUCAUAACAUGGUUUGGAUCAACACCGACCCUACCGCCCAUGCUGAGGUUACUGCAAUAAGAGAGGCAAGCAAGAAGCUCAAUAAGGUUGAUCUCUCGGACUGUGAAAUAUAUGCUUCCUGUGAGCCCUGUCCAAUGUGCUUUGGUGCCAUCCAUCUGUCCAGACUCAAGAGGGUGGUUUAUGGAGCGAAAGCAGAGGCAGCCGUGGCGAUUGGAUUUGAUCCGUUCAUUGCUGAUGCAUUGAGAGGUGGUACUGGGCUGCACCAGAAGGCUUGCAUGGAGAUCAAGAAAGUUGAAGGUUCAGGUGCGGAACAAGUCUUCCAGAAAACCAAGCACAUGUUUACCCUGUAUUAACCGGUGUUUAUGAAAACAACUCCCCUUCCUUUGAAUUCUGUCCAGUGUUUGAGAAGAAUAAGGAUGACUUUACCUUGUACCCAUUCCUGUUGAGAGAAUUAUGAAAAUCCCUUUGUCUACGUGUUA